CCUCAGUGAGCUGAGCACGGCUCUGAGCGCGUGGGCCUUGUUUACAUUAGAGUUUUGUUUGUAAACACGGUGAAAUAACCAUGACAGACGUUGAGGAGAUGGAUGAAGAGCAGCUCAUCGAUUUUGCCAUCCGAGUCAGCCUUCAGGAAGCUUGUACAUUCCCGCUUCAGACGUCUUCCAGUAUCCUGGAAACGGCGAGCGAUGAAAAUCUGAAGAUUUUAGCCGCUAUUGAGCAAGGUGAUGUGUCUGCUGUGCGGGAGUUGCAUCAUCACCAAAGUGCCUUUAAGGAGACGGACAGCCGGGGAUGGCUGCCCAUGCACAGAGCCUCUGUCCAGCCGAAUGCCCAGCUCCUGAACGCCGUUCUUCUGGCGUCCCACGAGCUGAGCAUGGAGGAGGUCACCGGAGACGGCGAGACGGUGCUGACUCUGGCUGUCCAGGCCGGCCAUGUGCAGAAUGUGAAGAAGCUGCUGGAUCACGGCGCUUCUCCACACAACACCAACAGCAAGAAUGAAACGCCGCUGCUCCUGGCGGUCGGGAUCGGCUCCUAUGACAUGGUGCUGGUGCUGAUCUUGGGCGGAGCGUUUGUGGAGCAGGUGUGUCUGAAGAAGUGGACGGCCACUCACGAGGCUGCCAAGGUGGGCUGCACGGACAUCUUGAUGCUGCUCCUCAGGCAUGGCGGGAAGGUCACUGCCUGUGACGGACACGGCGUGACGCCACUGGGCAUCGCCGCAGAGUUUGGCCAUGCUGACAUUCUGGAAAUCCUCAUCGAACAUGGAGGCGAUGUCACUGCACAGGCCACCAAUGGAGACAGCGUGAUAUAUGAUGCAACAGGCUCUGGAAACAUCGACUGCAUUCACCUGCUCCUCAACCACGGCGCAGAUCCCAAUGUGGCCAGUCUGGCUUUUCAGCUCCCCAUCCACCGUGCAGCGUAUGAGGGGCAUUACCUGGCUCUGAAGACGCUCGUUCCCAUUACCACUAAGAGGGCCAUCCGUUUGUCUGGGAUGAGUCCGGUGCACUCGGCUGCAGACGGAGGUCAGGCCUCCUGCCUGGAGCUGCUCAUUGACAAGGGCUUUGACGUCAACUAUCUCCUGGGGAGCCACAUCUCCGACAACUACGGCGACAUGAGGAAGACCCCGCUGUAUUUCGCAGUUUCAAACGGUGACGUCACCUGUACAAAGAUGCUGCUCAAUGCUGGAGCCCAUCCCGACCUGGACCCUCUGCGCUGCCUCCUAGUGGCCGUCAGGGCUAGCCGCUACGAGCUGGUGCGGCUGCUCCUGGCCUACGGCGCAGACGUCAACUGCUUCUUCACGUUGAUUAACGAUACGCUGUUCCCCACGGCGCUGCAGUACUGCCUGCAGGACGAGAUGAUGCUGCGCCUGCUCCUCAACAACGGCUACCAUGUAGAGAGCUGCUUUCAGUGUGACCACGACGUCUGCCCCGUGAUGCCCUACAUCUGGGAGCAGAGUUACACACUAGAGAGUGAGACGGUCAGCAGAUCCAGCAAAGUGACGUUCUGUGAAUUCGUCAGCGUGUCCUCCCUGAGGCACCUGGUGGGCCGGGUGGUGCGGACCCUCCUGGACUACGUGAGGCAUGUGCCCAUCUGCUCCAAGCUGCAGAUCAUCCUGGAGAGACAUAAAGAGUGGCCUGAGAUCUGCGACAUCCUCAGGAACCCGCGCUCGCUGCAGCACCUGUGCAGGCUGCUCAUCAGGGAGAAGAUGACCCUGAGAAGACUGAACGACCCUGAGUUCAUGAGAGCUGUUCCUUUCCCCCCCGCCCUGAAGAACUACCUGAUCUACAAGGAGUAUGACCUCUAUGGUAGAAUGGACGAGUGGUAGGGACGCAAGAGCAGGUGGUUUUUCUACUGUAUAGUUUUCAGGUUGUCCUUAUUUCACUGAAAGUGUUUUAUUUUGUACUAGAACAAUAUAUUACAAACUGAAAUUAGUUACUGAUGAUGAAAUCAAAUAGCUGUGUUUCAUAUGUCAUUAGUUUAUAAUGAGUGUUCAAGAAACGAUUCAGGCUGGGUGCCAAAACAACUUAGCACUAAAAAUCAUUUUUCUUGUCUGCAUGCAUGAGAGCC